ACCUGUCAGGGAUGGUCUAAUACUUAGGCCUACCAUGAGUGCAAGACUCUAGGUCCCUUCCAAUCCUAUGAUGCUAUUCUCUGAAACUUUGCCCCUUUUCAAAAUGACUCUCUUAGGUACUUGACUGCCCCCAUCACUACAGUACCUGAGGGCCUCGCAAUCUUUCAUGGAUUUAUCCUUACAACACCCCUGUGUGCUAGGGACGUCCCCUAUUAUCCCCAGUUUGCCCAUUAACAUUCAGCAGACACGGCUUCUUCCCACCCUGGCCUUUUCAGUCCUCUGUUCAGUUUGCUGUUCAUUUUGCAGGCAUCUCUGUAUGAGUAAGACCCUUCUAUGGACUCUCCUUCCCUCCCUGCCUUCCAACCCCCAAAAAGUUUCAUUCAACAGACUAGCAGAAGAUCCCCCUCUGUUGGCCCACCAGCCGGAGCUUUCAGACUGCUGCCCCAGCAGCUAAAGUGGGAAGCUAUUGUAAAACUAUGAAAACUUCUGCUGGUAUCUCAUCCUUCCUCCCCCAUUUGUCUGUUUAUUUUCCUCUUGUGUGUUGUCUAAAUCCUAGAUUGUGAGGCAGAGGCUGUCUGGCUGUUAGUCUGCAUGGAACUCCAACAGGGGUCCCUAGCUACUACCCCACUAUAACCAUAAAAAGGUAAUGAAAAGAAUAUUUUUGCCCUCUCCGGUUUGGCACAGAGAACACCACACUAGGAAUAAUGGUCACGUGGUUAAGACAUGACUUAGGAGACCUGGGUUCUGGUUCCAAGUCUGUCACAGUCUUCCUGGGCAACCUUUGACAAGGCGCUCUCUCUGUGUGCCUCGGUUUCCCCACCUGUAAAAUCAAGAUCCUAAUCCUUACCCACUCUCGUAAGGCAAUUUGCUAUCUCUGGCUGGAAAGCUCUGUAUAACGUGGAACUGUCGGUUAAUAGCGUUUUCCCAGCUCUUUGAAAACCAGCAGUCUGCUUGUUUUGGAGCACUAAGGAUUUACAUUCAGUGACAUGCCCUUUUCAUCGUCUAACGUAAUGUUUUUCAGGAGACAUAAGCUUUACAGAGAGGAGCUCAACCUAACUUCUCCUGACUCGCUGCUGCAGCUUGGGCGGGAAGCAAGCUGGCUGCAAUUCCACCUGGGCAUCAGCCGCCAUGGGCUGUACCCCCGCUCCAGCCCUGCCAUUAACAAACUCCUCCAUGACAUGCAAGAUUUUAACACUGUCAGUGCCGAUUACAGUCAGGAUGAGAAAGCUUUAUUAGGAGCCUGUGACUGCACCCAGAUUGUGAAGCCCAGCGGUGUACAUCUGAAACUGGUCCUGAGGUUCCAGGACUUUGGGAAAGCCAUGUUCAAACCCAUGAGACAGGAACGAGAGGAAGAGACUCCAGAAGAUUGUUUCUACUUCGUUGACUUUCAGAGGCACAAUGCGGAAAUAGCUGCCUUUCACCUCGACAGGAUCCUGGAUUUCCGACGGGUCCCGCCCACGAUCGGAAAGUUGAUCAACGUCACCAAGGACAUCCUGGAGGUCACCAAGAAUGAAAUCCUACAGAGCGUCUUCUUCGUUUCACCCGCCAGCAACGUGUGUUUCUUUGCGAAGUGCCCGUACAUGUGCAAGACGGAGUACGCUGUGUGUGGGAACCCUCACCUGCUGGAGGGAUCCCUCUCCGCUUUCCUGCCGUCCCUCAAUCUGGCCCCGAGACUCUCCAUCCCAAACCCCUGGAUCCGGUCCUACUCGUUUGCUGGAAAAGAGGAGUGGGAAGUGAAUCCACUUUACUGCGACACGGUGAGGGAGAUUUACCCCUACAACAGCGGCAACCGGCUGCUCAAUAUCAUCGACAUGGCCAUAUUUGACUUCCUGAUAGGGAACAUGGACCGUCAUCACUAUGAAAUGUUCACUAAGUUCGGGGAUGAAGGCUUCCUCAUUCAUCUGGACAAUGCCAGAGGCUUUGGAAGACAUUCCCAUGAUGAAACCUCCAUCCUGGCGCCGCUCUCCCAGUGCUGCAUAAUAAAGAGGACAACAUUAUUACACCUGCAGCUCCUGGCCCUGCCUGAGUACCGGCUCAGUGAUGUCAUGAGGGAAUCCCUCCUGCUGGAUCACCUUGCACCUGUCCUCACUGAACCUCACCUCUUGGCUUUGGACAGACGGUUGUGGCUCAUCCUGAAGACCGUGGGGAAAUGCAUAGAUGCACAUGGAGAAGACAAGGUUGUGGCCAAUGACACCAAGCAGCUGGAAGUGCCCUUUUUUGACAGAGUGACACCAACCAGCUAGAGCCUUAAAUUCUUUAGGGGGCAGAGAAGAGCCCCUGGGAGCCAGCAGAUGAACUUUAAUUGCUAAUAAUUUUCACCCACACAAGCCUGUUGGAUUGAGAGGGGAGGCUCUUUGGAAGGGCUCAGAUUCUUACUGGGCUUUUAUGGUGAUUGCCCCACUAAAGCUUCAGUGCAUGGGGUAAACUUUUGCCAAGUACAUUUGCAGGCCAGGGCCUGACCACUACACUCAUUCCAUGAGCUGCUGUCCUUCAGUGGAGCAGCACAGACUCAUCUGCUCUGUAACUGCAGGGCAUGCCACUGGUAAGAGCCUGGGCAUUGGCUUGGUGUACCUGCCCAGGAGCUGCGUCCUGUCCUUGAGACGUCCCAAAACUGGAUCCAAGAAUGAAGCUGGAAUAAAGCAAUGCUGAAGGGAGAACGUGCUUAGCAGGGCCAGGUUCUGUAAGAGAGUUCAUGCCUUUGGGUCAAAGUGGCCUUCAUCACUGCAAGCUAGGGCAGCAUCUGUCACUUUAAAGUCAAGAAGGCACAUGGGGCCAGCUCAGCACCACCUGUCUACUAUUCACGCAAUCAGAAACACCUCCAUCAGCCUUGGGUAAAAUGACAAGCAGCUCCAGGUGAGCUGCGUGUCACAAGGCCCACUUCACAGAGCCAAAGAUUUGAGUUUUUCAGCUGGUGUUAUGGGGGUGGGGAGGAAGAGAAAUCAUGCUGUGGGUUGUAAAGGACAGGCAAUUUAGCAUUCAUAUUAUUUAGGCCCCUGCAGUGCAGUUCUGCAAAAGAUAAAGAGCUUGACAAAGAUGCAGCACUGUUAAAUCCACUCAGCCAAGAACUGGGCUGCUAAGCAAGGGGCUCUCUCUCAGGUUAACGUAGGCACAGAAUAACAGCGUUAAAAACCAACAUUUAUUUAAGCAGUUGUAAAGCAGUCCAUCAGAACACAGUGGACGCUAGCAACAGAUUGAUUCUCUCUAGCACCUCUGCAGAUUUCAAAAAGUAUCGUAGGAACUGGAGACCAAAACCAAACAUGCCAGCUCCUCAAAAGGCCUUAAGAUAAGCUAUCCUCUUCCCCUUGCCUCCCUAAGAGGAGGCUUAAAAAUAGUUUGCUAAUUGAACCUUUACCAACUGGUUCCAUUUUUUAAGUGUUCAGAAUGAUAGAGCUGAGCUUUUUUAGUAGCCUAAUGAAAGCAGUUGAGAACUUGAGUUAUUUUCCAAUGAUUUGUGCCAAAUUAUCACCACCACUGUCUUCUGGGGUGUGCUUGAUAGAACGUUUGACACCUGUCAGCUGAGAAUUUGACUCAGAUUGUAUUUGAUGCAUUAAACCUUUACAAACGAGACACAUGGAUUUCAACUAGAGUUCUUAACCAGCUUUCAGCAAGCUGCCUCAGCAUUAUAGUUUUGUUGCUAGCUGAAGUUUGCCAUUUUAAGCCAGUGAGUUUUCAGUAGCGAUAAUGGGUGCAAAAUGAAGAUUAACCUCAACUCUAGCUUAGUCAAGUCUGUCCCCAUCCCACCUACCCUCCCCAAGGGACUAUACUUUAAAUUUACCUAACUCCAGAAUUAUUUUUAAAUUGGCUGUCAACAUACUAUAACAGGUCCUCAGCAAACUGCAAUUAUCCUUUGGAGUAAUCAGAGUAGUGUUUUGGCAAAGCUAACAUCCUCUCAAUGAUUCUGUGGCAAUUAGCGAGUGGUAAAUCUUUGCUUCCCUUCUCUAGGUUAGCAAGACCGAUCCCCAGUUGUUUUUCUGUUUGAGGAAGUUUGAUUUGUUUUGUCUUUCAUUAAAGAUUCCUCCAAUAUUUUAAUGUAAUAAAGAUAAGAAACCAAAGAAUA